GCAACGUGUUCUCUGCAGUUUAAUCGAGGCCUGGUUGUCUAUCUCUCUCUUGCUAUUAUGUCUAACAACUGCUGCACAGAAGCCCACAGCUCUUCGUCUUGUAGGAAUUCUAGUCAUGUUCCUGUCACCUCACCUGUCACCAUUGGUGUCUGCUCCACUGAGACAAGGGAUAAAGAUGCCCCUUGCUCUCCUACUAGCAGCCUGGGAAGCAACAAACCACGUGACAACUGUCAAGAGCCCUGUGGUGAACCUAGGAGUUGUCAAUCAACCAGCUGCAACAGGAGCACUGGCAGCCCUUCAGCCUGCUCUCCAAUUACUUCCGGGAUAUCUGGAUCCCAGGAAGGAACGAGCUGUCUUCCCAACACGUCUCGCAAUUCCAGCUUUGGCCGCCCAGCAUUUUGUAGACAGCCUAUGAGUUGCUACGUUCCAAGUUACCUGUCUAAUGGAUGUCAACCCUUGGGCUAUAUGACCUAUGGCCAUCCAGCACUGAGAAACCUGACCGAUGGAUACCAGCCUUUCAGCUGCAUGCCUGGCUGCUUCGGGCCCACAAGCUAUAAUUACAACAGCUUUCAGCAUUAUGGCUCUUCCUUGAGUGGUUGGCGUUAUCGUUACUAAAGAAAAUCAUGAUGACCUGAAGCAACCUCAUGCUCCUGGCUUCUGGAAAGAUCAGCCAUCAUCACUGGGAGCGCUUUUGUUCCCUGGGGCUGCACUGUAUAUGCUGAUUCUAUAAUAAUACUUUUUCAACUGAACUUCUUGGUGCUUUAGGGGUGUGUAUCACUUACUUCAGUAUAUUUGCAGAGCUUGACAUAUUGUUUUGCUUCCAUAAAAUGUUUUUCUUCGGUUCUCAUCACAAUUAAAUCAU